GCUGUGUGCACCACCAGCCCGGGCUGUGUGUACCACCAACCCGGGCUGUGUGUAACACCAACCCGGGCUGUGUGUACCACCAACCCGGGCUGUGUGUAACACCAACCCAGGCCGUGUGCACCACCAACCCGGGCUGUGUGCGUGCUGGCGGUGUGUUGUGAGCAUGCGGGUGUCUCGCUGUAGGAGGAGCCAGAGCGACGAGUGCUCGGUUGAUUAAGUGGCGAGCCCCCGCGCCUCGGCCUCAGCCGCGCAGACAGCAGCACAUAAGCAGCUGCUUGGGCAGCAGCGGCUGCUUCAGCAGCCACUCCCCGUGUGGGUGUCGUGCCAAAGCGGGUGCGACUCUCCAACUCUCCUCUCCAAGCCAGACUCGUCUCGCCUCUUCCCCCUCUCCGCGGGACCCUUCCUUGGAAAUCGAUGGAACGGUGAAAAAACAUUGCAGGUGUGGCGCGUAUGAAAUACGAGAUGCACAUGUUGAACGAAUUGAUUAAAACAAUCGUGUCUAGCAUUACGAUUUAGAUUUUCGAAAGGAAAGGCAUCUAUUGUAUAAAAUAAAUAAAUAUAUAACCAAUGGGGAAAAUAAAAAAAGAGAGAAUAGAUAGGCAGCAAGGCAAGGCAGCAAUCUGAAGAGAGUACGAGUGAGAUAGAAGGACAGCGAGCUUUGAAUAGCAGCCAUAAGCAGCGACAAUAGGAGGCUGACAAACCGCCACGGCCAGAGGCAAGAGGACCGCAUCAAGCAAAUUGCUCAAUAGACAUUUUUCAAACGGGACUGGAAGGGGGGGUGGGGGCGUGGGGAGAGCUAGAAGGGGCGAUAGGAAGACAGGUUGGUGUUGGGGUGGAGCACGGAAGAGCGGAGCGGCAUGGGGAGGAAGCUGGACCUGUCGGGGCUGACGGAGGACGAGGCGCGACUCGUCCUGCGCGUCGUGGAGAGGGACGGGAGAGUCCGCCAGCGCGAGACCGAGCGGCUCAACGACCUGAAGCAGCGCCUCGUGGAGGAGGAGAGCAAGCGAGUGAUCCUGUCGCGCCAAAACAACUUCAACGAGCGCCACUGCAUCCGCUGCUGCGUCGCCUUCUACUCGCUGCUCAACGCCGCCCACCGCUGCCUCGACUGCUGCUACAACGUGUGCAGCCGCUGCGCCCUGCGCAGCGAGAGCGAGCGCGGUUGGAGGUGCCGCGUCUGCGUCGACACGUGGCGCCUGCGGGUGCUCUCCCUCGACUGGUUCUACGAGGGCGUCAAGGCGCGCUUCAAGCAUGUGGGCAGCACCAAGGUGGCCCGCCAGCUCCAGGAGAGACUCUGCGAGGGCGGAGGAGAAGGCACCACCUCCUCUCUGGCGAAUAACAAUGACGCCUGGGACUCGGCGGAGAGCGCUGGGCUGAGCGGAGGAACGCCGCAACGUCUCGGGUUUCGUGACGGGCCGCUGGGCGAGGUGCAGGCCGUAGUGUGGCGCGUGGCCUACGAGGCGGUGCUGGAAGCAAUCAGGAGGACUGAGCUGCACGAGCGCAGAAUGGACUCAAAGUCUGGGCUGAGUGACCUGCAGGGCAACACGGAGGAGCUUGUGCAGGAGCUCGCGAGCAGCCUCGCUCACAAGCUGCUGCUGCUGCAGCAGCAGCCGCAGUCGAGCGCGGACUCCGACGGAGAGCACCGUCGCCCCCCGCCGCUCACGCACUCGCUCGCUUAUGCAGAAGCUGGGACAGACGAGACUUUGCUGCCCAAGGCCGAUCCUGUGUGCCCGGCGCUGGAGGGAAACCACGGAAGCCGUCGCUCGUGCCUGCACGGCGAUGGCGAGCCGGUGACACAACGCUCGCCCCGGGGACCAGCAAAGAAGAUGGCGUCCGCCUCUCCCCUGGUCAUCGACAGCGACAGUGACACGGCAGACAACCCCGCGGUCACGAGCCAUGCGCCCUCGGACGAGGCCUACUCCUCCUGGUCGAACUCCAGGGCCGAUUCGGAUGGCUCGCACUACCGCCACCACCGCCACCACCACCGGUGCCGCAGCUGUGCGCCGCCGCUCAGCCGGGACGCCAGCUGGAGCGUCUCCUCCUGCAUCUCGGCAGGCACCAGCGUGUCGGCGGGUUCCGAGUUCUCGCCCGUGUCGCCCACGAGCUGCCCCAUGCCUCUGCUCUUGCCGGGAAGCGGCGCCACUGCGGCAACCGUCGCCGCCGCCGUGGCGGACACGAAGAAGAAGAAGCUGCCCGCGAACCAUGGGAGGUCGACGGAUUGCGGCGCCAUGGGGUGCCGUUUCGGCGCCGUUGUGGAGCGCGGCUUCGUGGCGUCUCACGGCGGAGACGGCCGGGCAGCGACAAGCGAUGGCGGGCGCGGCGGCGUGCGAGAGAGGCCCGGCAGGCUGCCCGCGCAAUUUGUGCCGCGCGGCUCGGAGGGCGCCGCACAGAGGCCUGCCUGGAAACAGGAGUGGUCCCGCCAGGCCGCGCCGGGGCCCGUGACGGACUCACCGGAGGAAUGCCGGGAGCACGCACCCAGCGGCACCAAUCAGCUGGCAGCUCUGCGUGGCCACCUGUCCGAUCUGGAGAGUAGCCUCUGUGCACUGGAGCGAGGCCUUGGCUCCGAGUGCCACUGGGCUAAGACUGGGACGAGGUCGGCCUCAGCCCCGGAGCUGCUGUGCGGAGCGGCAGAGCGUGGCUGGGCCGACGGACUGCAGGCAAGCGGAGAUCGCCCGUGCAAGGGGACGACUGGCAGCUCAUCCACGGAGGAGGAGGAGGACGAUGAUGAUGAGGAGGAAGAGGAGAGAAGCUCCACCGUCAAGGAGCAUGGCAGGCGAGCGUCUUCCAGCGAGGACGAUGGCGACCUUGAGGUCAUUGAGAAGGAGCUGAGGAAGAGGUGCUCGGCCGCUUCGGUGAGCUCGCUCACGGCCCACGCCCUCCGCCUCAUCAACACGGCUCAGCAGCAGCAGCAGCAGCUCGUCGGGGAGGCCGCCUCCCCCGCAGGCUGUGUGGUGGCCGCCGCCACCUCCCCUCGGGCACUCACGGCCCAGCAGGCCAGGGUCCUCGACUCGUGCCUCUCUCUGCUCGAGGAAGACGUGUACGUGGGGGCUGGCGGCGCGUUCCAGCUGGAGACGGAGCUGCGCGAGCUGGAGCAGUGCACGCGCGGGGUCCACGCCCACUCCAGCGACGCGGACAUCGCCAUGCUCGAAGGGCGCGUGGCGUCCGCCGCGGCGCAGGUGCAGCGAGCAGAGGGGCAGAUCUCGGAUAUCGAAGAGCAGAUUUCGUCCUUGGACAUGAAAGCGUCGCCAGAGGUCACCCAGAGGAAGAAUUCACAGGUCCCCGUGGAGAUGCCCAAACAGCGGAGGAGAAAGCUGCCAGUCCCUCCGGACAGCAGGAGCUUCGUGGAGUCAGCCGACUGGAAGCUACAGAUGCCGAGCUUCAUGAGAUUCUGAACAAGCAGCCCGGGCAACAGGGAUAGCAACGCGGCCGCUCCCGCGUCUCGGCAGCGAACGUCAUCCAAGUGCCUUAGCAGGAGGACAACCCCACCUGAGAGAUGGAGCCUCUACAGGAGAGAGCGGGAGAGAGACCGCCACUGCUGCCACUGCCGCUGCCGUCUGGAGAUCCCUUCCCGCGUCGUGCGUUAUCAUCACACCAUCGUUUGUCUUGACAGUGAAAACCUCAGCGGACGUUCGGCGUUUAAACUUCGCACUAAAGAUACCGUUUACGACGUAACACAGCUCGGUAUAUGUCGAUUACGUUGUGGUUACAUUUGUGUGUUAGAUCACCCCGCCCGUGGAUUAUGUAACUAUUGCGUAACACCGCCGCAUCUUUCCGACGAGUCCUCUCCACGCACGCUCGCGCGCUGCUUGUGAAUCUCGCGUUGCGCCCGCAUCGCUGCAGCAGUCGCGAGCGCCACGGCCGCCAGCGCUCGCUUGAUCGACGACGAAGGGCACCCUAAACAAACCACGACUUAGCGCGGGAGGAGAUGUGGGGGGCGGACGAUAGCGUGGACACAAAACAAUGAGGGCUCCGCGAGCACCAUGCGCUCACGGCAACGCUGCACCCUCCUCAUCAAGAGAGUGGUGAGAGAUCAAAGAAGCGCCGUCGCAGGUGCGAGUCCGCUCGUACACCGCAGAGACGAUGGCGGCGCCGCCUGGCGGGCGACGCGAGCCCCACGUGCACGCUGGCCACGCCGCGCAGCGCACGCUGAGAUUCUAUGCAUUAAUCGUUGACGUUUUGCCUUAAGAAGAAACAACAACAAAAAAUCCAUCAUUACCUUAAACAUCCGUCAUGACCUUAAUUCCGCGUACAUUGGCAAAUAGACUGUUUUAUUUUAUUGUGCGCACGCGCGCACGCACGCGCGCGCGCCUCGGCUGUGGUUCAUAUGCAUCGUGAAAAGACCCCUUCGUUCUGGUUCUCUGACGGGUUUGCUCGGGUGUAUGGGGGUUAGUGGUUACGCACGGCACGUGGCAGCCAUGUGCCAUCUGAUGGGUGAAGUGCCCCCCCCCAACGAAACGCGCGGUCAGCGUUUGACUUUUCAGAUUCGCGUGUCGCCCGAAGGCUUUUGCGCGCGUUCACCGCACACAGCAGCACCCCCUGGUGUGUGCAGGAGAGGGGUUGGCGGGGGUGCUAUUAGUCAAACAAUAUCCAACCCCGUCCAGCCCGAACGGAACAGGGUGGUAGAUGAAAUAGGAGCCCGAGACGUUGCUGACAACAGACCAGUGCCUGUCUCUCUCUCUCUCUCACACACACACACUGUGUGUGAUCUCCACGUCUGCAGACGCCGCGCAUUUUUGUUUUGACUCAUGGGAGGCGAUGGGGUAGAUAGCCACCGCUCCCUGCUCCCCCAACCCUCCACCGCUCCCCACGCGCCCAGUCACAAUCGCGUCUCGAGAUGACAUCGACCGAAAUGGCCUCCAGAUGCCGAGCCGCCACCUCUGCUGCUCACGCGAGCGCCGUGCCGCGGCCAAAGCUGCGGUGAGCCGGCGGCGGUGUUAUGCGUGUACGUACGCUGCUGCUGUUGAUGCUGCUGCUGGCUUUGCACGCAAAAAUGAAUUUUGGCGUUCUCAAUUUAGAUCGGUUCAUGCGGUGAAAAUAUUUCUUUUUACUUACGCAAGUGUCGCCGCCACAGCCCCCUCCCCCCCCCCCAAUGAAAUGGGUCGAGGGGCAGAGUCAACCCGCGUUGGCAGGAUCUCCCAAGCCAGGGGUGGAAAUUAAAAAUUUCACCCCGAGGGUCACGGUUGACUUACGACCUUGAAGUAAGUCGAUCACCGAUGGGGUUGUGAAAUGUGUUCCCCUUUCCAAGUAUGACUCCAAUGCCCCCCCCAGCCCCCCCACCUAUGCACAUUUUAUUUGCAUUUGCGUUUGUUUUAGUUCUGCUUGUAAUACAAACAAGCAAAAUCGUUCGGCUCAAACUCGGCGGCUUUCCUCGGCGCGAUUGAUUCCCUCUUGAUUCAUAUCCGACAAGCUCCCGCGGAAGCAGGUUAAAACCGUCGCUCAACAAUAACAACAACAAAUACAAACUAGGAGGUUCAAAACGUUGAAUAUGCAAGCACUCUGCAUGGACCACGCAUAAGUCGGGUGCUGUGAUAUCGCUGACCUCGCAACAUCGAAACGAGAGCUCCGUAAUUGCAUGAAACGUCGCGGCUCCUGCGGUUUAUUGUAUCGAAUCGUUUCAGUUGUCGGUGAAGAGCAACCGAUACUUUAAUGGAAUACUAUUAACGAGACGUUGUGGCGGAGGGUGGGGUAGAAUCUAAUGUGAUAAAAAAAUUGACAAGCCACCAGUUUUAUACACCCAAGCAACUGAUUUUAAACUUAAUAAGGCACUUUAAGUACAUUGCCAUUGUGUCCGCAUGUGUGCCUGUGCGUGCCUCUAUAAGUUUAUACGCCCCGACCACCAGCGGAUCUUUGUGUGCGUGUGGAGCGGUGAUAAUGGUCCGUAUUCUUUGCUUAUAAAAAAAAAACACGCACACACCAUGUCAGUGUGAUACUAAGAACAUGUGUUUCUUCACCUCUUGACCUUGAUGCCAUAGGCUCAACUGUGGAGGGGCCCCUUUGUUCACCCGUGCCAAGUUGCUUGAGCCACGCUCAAAAAGACGCCGAACUCGCGAGACAUUUCGGACGGCGACAAACCAGGACACCUGCUCUGAUGCUGUGACAACAUUCAAACCCAUGUGUUGUUGCACCAAGGGCGUAAUGGCUGGGACGAUGGCAAUCCUUUGGAGUCCAUUAUCGAUUCUUAAGCGGUUGACGAUGCCCGUGUAAGAAUUGACCUUCUUGGUUUGUAAUUGGCUUCACGCCAGCCCUCGCAUCGACUAGAGGCGCCACUCAUCACCACGUAAAUAGGACAAAAAAACACAAAAUGCCAUUCGUUCUUGCAUCGAACCACGGCUAUGAAUCGCGCACAGUUCGUAGAACGCCUCGGCGGUGGGUUGGAUGGUUGGGUAGACUCGGGGGGAUUUGAGGGAGGGGUAAAUCGCUCCACCUUGAUUCACCUCGAGUCACCUCUCGUCACCUCGAGUCACCCCUGUCCACCUCUAUUCAUCUCUAGUCACCUCCGUCCACCUCUAUUCACGAGUGCCAAAUCAAAGCCAAAGUGCGUCCUGCCAGUCUCAGGUUUCAGACAACGGGGGCAAAGCUCAUUCAUUAGCAGUCUUUAAGCCAGCAGUGGAAAUUCCACAUUAUCAUAGCUGGUGGGCAGGUGAGGCGGA